AGUCGCAUGCAAAACGUUUCACAUAGCAGUGACUAAUUCGAUCGAUCUGUUUCAAUGGUUAGAACAACACGUGCGACUAAAGAAUAAAAAUCAGUUUAUGGUUUUUACGUAAAUGAGUAGCAGAAUUACUGGUGGUUGACAGUGUUUUAGCAUUUGGAUUUGGCUGUUGCUAGCAAUCAGCGAAAAAGUGAGUGAGCAAAAAAUUUGUGUGGUAGCUUUUUGACAAAACAAACCUUGGUCUAUUUUUGGAUUUUGCUGAAAGAAAAAAAGUCCUUUUUUAUGGUUUCGCACCAAUGUGUGAGAUAUUGUCCGAUAAUAAUGAAUUCGUACGAACGUUUUUAAAUGAAUUUUCAUUACGAAAAUCGAAGAGAAGUGAAGAAAAUCGUAUGAGCGCUAGUGAAAUUGUGUCAUUCUGUCGUAGUUUUGCCUGUCAAUUUGAGUGAAAAAGACGCUGAUGUGUGUAAAGUGAUAGAGAUUUAGACGCCAUGCCAUCAGCAUUCGGUCAAAGUACAAACCUGAAAUAUUUUCAUUGAUAAAAUCAUCAUACAUUCACACGCACCCCCAUUUAUGAUUCAUUCGCUUCAUCCACGGAAAUGCAAUGGAAAAUCGAUUUCUCGUGGCCACGGAUAUGAAUCACGGUGAUUUACGCUACUGUUUGUUUGUUUUUUUUCGGAAUUGUUAUCGCAAAACCAUCGUGUGAUUGGAUGAUAUUCAGAACAGCAGUGAUGUCACGAGAUGUGUGACAUGUUGCUUUUAGACAACAACAACAACAACACGAAAAUGAUUCAUUUGAUACGGUGCUCAACGCAAACCGAAAUUGAUUUCAUGAACAUGCAAAGCGAUGCCAAUCGACGCUAAUGCAACAGUUAAACAUCCUGGUUAGCACAUUUGAAUCGCCGCUCUCAACGAAACAACAACACAUAGACACACACACACACGAAACACGAAAAGAAAAACGAAAUUCAAACUGACAAGAGAAAACACACCGAUGAGAUCGACUAUACAUGCACAUGACACAGCAUCGCACCACCACACGCUCAACACCACACGAGAACGAGGCAAUUGAAACGGCACGACCGAGCACGUGCGCUCGAUAUUAACAAGUGCAUGAUGCUAUGAUGACGAUGAUUGUGUUGCAAGGCUGUGUGCGACUGAGUGACUGAAUAAGAUGACAUGAAAAAUGCAUGUUCGAUUGAUUGUGUCCGAAAAUAGCCCGAAAAAUGUAACAGCGCGACGACGGCGGCGAAAUCAAAUGGAACUGGUACAUUCUUCGCUUUGUGUAAACGAUGUCGACGGUGGUGAUUUGAGACUGUGUUCGAUUUUUGGCGCUCAACACAACGCACGAAGCACACUCUGCUAUCAUUCCCGAUUGAAUUGUUGUCUCGUUAAGACGUUCUUUUCAAUAUCAUUUCGUAUCUGUGAUUUCGUCUCAAUUUUUUUUUACCGUCCGAUUGAAAAUUUGGUGCUUUGCAAAGAGAUUUACGUCUACAUAAAAAUUCGUUUUUCAUUUUUCGGGAGUCCAUUAUAAAGUUUUCGUCUUUUUUGUCAUCUUUUGAGCGAUAUUUGAUUUGCUAGAGCAUUUUCGGGAUUUUUUUCUGUCUGUUAAAAACGAAAAAAAAAAACAAAAUGUCGCUGUACAAAAGAUUGCAUACACCAAAUUCACCGUUGUUACCGUUAUCACCGAUGCCGAUGGCGUCGCCAAGCAUGUUCUUGUCACCGUACACCACAUCGAUUCGCAGCCGGCGUUCGUUUACACCAAGCCAUUUGAAUAUGCUACCGCCACCCAGUGUUUCACCGAUUCAGGCCACGAUUUUAUCGGCAAAAAACAAACAACGUAAGCCAGCCAUGCAAACCACACCCGACCAGAUGUUGGAAUGCAGUUUAGUAAUGUCGUCCGUGAAAAAAUCCAUGAAAAAAGUUCGAUCAACAGCCAGAAUCACUCGGAAAAUUGAAGCGCGAAAUAACCGUUUGGUGGUGCCGUUGACGCCGAUUCGUCGUUCAUUAUUCCGUGAGGUGAGCCCGUCGCCGCACAUCGAAAUCGAAACACCAAAAGCAUCGCAUAACGGUUCACACAUAUUCACGCCGAAUUGGCUUACGCCAAAGGCAUUCGGAACGCCAGCAGGACAAGUCGUAUCGCCACAGCUCAUGCACAACGACUUCACACCGUCGACCUUGCUCGAGGAAACAUUCACCGUUAUGAGCAUUCUCAAGGAAAUCAACAUGGAGAAAUACGCAACGUUGUUUGCCCGAGAAGAGGUCGAUUUGUUGGUAUUCCUAAUGCUGACGCGCAAUGAUAUGAUCGAGCUGGGCAUCGAUGAAGCCGACCACAUCAUUCUAUUGAAUGCCAUUCGCUGUUAUACCGAAUUCUUUGGCAAUCCAGAGAAAAUGUUCAUCUAAUUUGAUUAUUUUUGCACAUUUUUGUCAUUAUUUCAUGCAUUUUUAUCGUCAUUGUUAUAUUUCAACCAGGCCUAGAGCCUUGAAUCGCUAGACGAUUGUUGGAUUUUGUGAUUUUUUAUUGUUUGAAAGAAAAGAAGACUGCAAAUUGACUUACUACCUAAUAUUUUAUCCGAAUGAAUGCAUGACGCUUAGAAGCGAGAAAAUCUGCGAUUUUAUUUUUUUUAAAGAAAGACAAGCAAAUAAACUAUAAACAAAAAUACUAUAAUAUAAAAUAAAACAAAAAUAAAACAACCAAUUAAAAUUGAAUAAACCUAUAAAAACUAUUUACAAAUCAAA